CGUCAGAUCUCGCGAUGUGCGUGCCUCUUGGUCGGCUGUCAUGGCUGCGCCUGUGUGCAGCCACGGGGACCUGCUCUAAGGUCCCUGCAGGAAGAGGAUGACCUGUGUUAUCCCCCACUGGUAGAAGGGCUGCUUUGGCUUUGCUUUUGUUGUUUUGUUUCCGUUGCCAACUUCAAAGCCACUAGGAAGUGCUUCUGUCAGCAGCAACAUGAACAAGAAAGCAGGUUGCUUCUUGUGGAACUUUAAACAAUUCCGAACGUUAAUGUCACCAGGCAGAGAUGUGAGGCUUUAUUCACUGGGACUUUGCAGGCCAAAAGCUGUUCAAUUAUCCUGGAAACCGACAAACCUCUUCAAUGAGACAGGGAGCAGAAUGCAAUCAUCUACUAGAAGUCUCUUCCAGGAUUCAUUUAUUUUGAAAUCCAGGAACAAUGGUUUUCAAAUGAAAGGCGUAAGCACUGUAAGAAUCCUCAGAGGUCCCAGUUUGCUUUGUCCUAGAAGAAUAUUGCUGGACUCAGAACGUUUUCUUGCCUGUGCUGGGACAUCUGAUAAUGGAUUGGCCAAAUUAGGCUUUCAUCAUGAGGUCUCCAGUGAAGAGGUUCUUGCCAAGGAAACCAAAGCAUCCCCUGUGAGCUAUAGAAAACUGUCGGAGGAGUGUAAUUCCCUGAGUGAUGUGCUAGAUACGUUCUCAAAAGCCCCCACAUUCCCUAGCAGUAACUAUUUCUCAGCCAUGUGGACCAUCGCCAAAAGGAUGUCCGAUGACCAGCAGCGCUUUGAAAAACAGUUGAUGUUUAGUCACCCUGCGUUCAACCAGUUGUGUGAGCAGCUGAUGCGAGAAGCCAGGAUCCUGUACUAUGACCACCUGCUGUUCAGCCUUCAUGCUUUGGUGAAGCUGGGAGUCCCCCAGAACACUCUCCUGGUUCAGACAUUGCUGAGGACCAUCCAGGAACGUAUCAAUGAGUGUGAUGAGAAUUGUCUUUCCAUUUUGUCAACUCUUCUGGAUACCCUGGAGCCAUGCAAAAAUGUGCAGGCUUUACGGUCAGGACUACGGAUACUAGUCGAUCAGCAAGUUUGGAAGAUAGAACGUAUCUUUACGUUGCAAACAGUAAUGAAAUACAUUGGACAGGAUACACCAGUUGCUCUGAAAAGGAAACUGGAGAUGAAAGCCUUGAGGGAAUUGGACAGAUUUUCCAUAUUGAACAGCCAGCGCAUGUUUGAGGUGCUCGCUGCCAUGAACCACCGAUCUGUUGUUCUGCUGAACGAAUGCAGCAAGAAGUUCUUAGAAAAUAUCCAUGGCUGUCCUUUUAAAAUACUGAGCAACAUACUGAGAUCCUGCAGAGAGCUUCGCUACUAUAAUUUAGAACUCUUCGAGGGAAUAGCGAAGUAUGUGGCUACAACCUUUGAUAUCUGGACAUUGAAACAAGUUAUUUUUCUCCUCCUUUUAUUUGAAAAUCUUGGCUUUCGGCAUGUUGAUUUAAUGAACUUAUUUAUGAAGAAAGUGAUAGAGGAACCUCAAGCCUUAAGCAUGAAAAACAUCGUGUCUGUUCUUCAUGUGUAUUCUUCUCUCAAUCAUGGGGCCCAGUGCGAGGACAAAGAGUUCCUAGAUGUUAUGGCUGCUGCUCUAACUAGUUGUCUUCCCCACAUCUCCUCUGAAAACCUGUUGAAUGCUGUGUGUUCAUUUUGCAUGAUGAACUAUUUCCCUCUGGCUCCUCUUAAUCAGCUUCUCAAAGAGGAUAUCAUCAAAGAACUGCUCACGUCAGCUGACAAGGAAAAGAAUGUUCAGAGGCUUCACAUUCUAGAUACUUGUCUGAAACUUGAUGAUACUCCCUAUCGUAAGGCCGGCGACUUAGCCCUGCCGCAACCGCCGUCAGCGCCGUCCCUUCCGCAGGCAAAGGUGGCAGAGGCACUAAGUAACCUCCUGGGAGGCGAAGGAUACUUCUCAAAAAAUGUGCAGUUGUCGCAUAACUAUCAUAUUGAUUUUGAAAUCAGAAUGGACAAGAACAGGAGUCAGGCGUUUCCGUUUUCUGAUGUGGAUAUAACUUGUGCUACAAAUAUUCAAAGAGUAGCUGUACUGUGUGUUCCUAGAUCUGCAUAUUGCUUGUAUUCAAGCCACCCUAGAGGAUCCCUUGCUAUGAAAAUUCGGCAUUUAAAUCUAAUGGGUUUUCAUGUGAUCUUGGUCAAUAACUGGGAGAUGGAAAAGCUGGAGAUGGAGAAUGCAAUGGCAUUUUUGAAGACUAACAUCUAUUCAGUUGAAGCCCUUCCUACCGCAGAUGUAAAUUCCCAAAGCACAUAAUAAAGUGAAAGUCAACCUUUUACAUUAAGAAGUAUGCAUUUGUAAAAGUAAUAAAGACCACAAU